GCUGUACGCGAGCUACAGAGAGAAGUGAAACAGCUCUAUGUGGAAUUAAAUGAGAAAACUGAAGCAUUGGAUGAGGCGCGGGCUCGAAUCUCAGAAUUGGAAUCGAGCUCUUCGAAAACCGGUGAAGAGACUGUGAUUCAGAAGCAAAUCCAUACAGAUGUGGACGCUUCUCUGAAUUAUGGGCAUUGGAUGAGGCGCGGGCUCGAAUCUCAGAAUUGGAAUCGAGCUCUUCGAAAACCUGGUGAAGAGACUGUGAUUCAGAAGCAAAUCCAUACAGAUGUGGACGCUUCUCUGAAUUAUGGGUACGAAGAAGAACUGGAGUCAAUGCGACGAAAAUUGAAAGACUGCCAUAAAGAAGUUGACGGGUUACGAGAAACUAAUUCACGUCUUGAACGGCUACUCGAGCAAUCGCAUCCGCAGCCUAGUUCCCCAGCAGUGAUCAAUGUGAAUGGGGGUAGUCUGUAUGACGGUAUGGGAUUUGCUGAUCCAGCUGAAGCAGAGUACCUGAAAAAUGUUCUAUAUCGAUAUAUGUGCUCAAGAGAAAACCUUGGCAAAGAAGCUGUGACGCUUGCUCGAGUUAUUGGCACAGUGGCCAAAUUUUCGAAGUCAGAAAUGGAUAAUGUGAUAUCACGAGAAGAAUCUCGAGUGGCCGGAUGGGUCGGCGGAACCGUCUCACACGUGCUCACUGGACGAUAA